CUCAUUCGUUUUCACAGUAUCGAAGCGUACGGUCGUCUCGCGCGUCGCGUAGAUAUUUUAUUAUUUUCUCAGCUUCUGGUAGGUGGUGCGCGCAGCAAAUAAAGAAAUUUGUGUAUUGCAGCAGAAGUUUUUCGCUGCGCACAGGCUGUGCCGCUGCUUGCAAGAGACUCUACAAAGCCAAGCAGAAAACUAAUCGUAACAAAGAAAAGCGUAAAUUGCUGGAAAAAAUAAGAAAAACAAAAAUACAUCCAAUAGCAGUGAAAACGAAAAGAAACAUUUAAGUUCAAGGUUUAUUUCAACACAAUGCCAGAACCGAAGUUCAAACGCAUCUAAAUUGAAAACUGUGUGCAGAUUUUUGUAUACACUGUCGUGUACGUGUGUGUGUGCGUGUACCUGUGCGUGUGCGUGUGUUAGUGAAUGUGACUUCAGAAUUUUGCUGUGGCUUAAACCAAAAGUCAGCCAGCACAAUUAUUGAAUUAAUAAAUGUGCACACAAUAAGAAAAUAUAGAAAACAUUGUCUCGAUCUAUCUACGGAAAAAUAUCUAAACCCAAUUACUCAGUUUGCUCUCAGUUUAAUUCGAUUGACACAGAGGCAGGCGGCAGAGCGCGAGCGCGAGCGCAAGCAGCAGCAGCAGCAGCCCCAACAAAAUAUAAGGCGACAGACUUAACUUGCCCACUCUUCGCCCGUUGGUGGUGGGAGACGCACACAGAGUACAACAACAACAACGGCAACAACCACAAGGAGAGGCAAACCUACUGCAGCUCUCAGCUCUGCUUUUGCGCAGAAAGACGCAGCGAAUUCGCCGUGUCGUUUGAGCGCUGCUCAGUUGCAGCUCGGUCGACGCUGUUUGGAAACACCUUGCUCCAAUAUUUUUGCCUGGCUGUGUGCUCUGCUCUGCUCUGCUCAGCUCUAUAACUGCCGUUAGUCCAAGCGACUCAGUGGCCGUUGACGUUGCCGUUGCCGUCGCAGUCGCCGUCUCAGUUUCGUUUUGUGCGAUUCUUUAGCUGCAGCAGUAAAAAUCGUCGGAAAAUCGCAGCCACAAAGAAAAAGGCAACAUAUUUGUGUUGUUGUUGUUGUAAUUUUCCAAUGCUGCUUGACUGCGCUUUGCACGCGAUUCCCUACAAUUUGGUUGCGGCCAGCACUGCUGCAACAACAACAACAACAGCAACAACAAUAACAAGCAUAAGCAAAACGGCAGCAGCUUCAACAUUGUCGCCGUGUCGCCAGCAGCGCCGCAGCAUCGCCAGCCCCUUGGUCUCGCCAUGUACAACAACAGCAAAGCGAGGCGCAGCAGCGAUGCCAGCAUAGAACAGAAUACGCAGCAGCAGCUGGAGGAGGAGAAGGAGCAGCAGAUGCAGCAGGCGGCCGCAGUCAGGACGAGAACGAGCACAAGCAGGAGCAGGACUAUGGCCACGUCCAAGGCGAGAGCCAGAGCCACGUCGUUAAUCUAUUUACCGCCUUUCUGCCAGCCAUGUGGACAUGUGCCUGCGGCCAGCAGCAGCUGCUGUUGUUGUUGCUGUAGUCGGCGACAUAAAAAUUAUGAUAAACAUGCCGCAGCGCCGACGCUGACAGCAGCGGGCACAGUCUCAGCCACAGCCACAUGCUCGCCAGCGACUGGCUGGAAAUUCCUGCAGCGUGAUAUUCAGUUAAGCGCGGAUGAGGACGCACUGGCGCAUAGCUGCAACGAUCUCAGACAGGCAACGCAAUUAGUUAUGCCAAUUGUUGUAGGUGGCAGCAGCCGCGGCAGCAGCCACGUCUUGGAAUGCCUGGCGAUUGUGCGGCGCCAGCGACGUGAACGACAUACAAUAAAACCAAUCAGCAAUGCAGCAGAAGGAGAAGCCGCAGAAGGAGCUGCAACAAAUAGUUCGCAAACAACGACAAGGGCUUUGGCCACAAGUGGCCAGGACGAGAAGAAGGAGGAGGAGGAGGAGGAGGAGGAGGAGGAGGAGGAGGAGGAGGAGGAGGAGGAGGAGGAGGAGGUGCAUGGUCUUGGCGAUGAAGAUGAAUGUAGGUGCUUUAACUACAACGGUGAUAUUAGUGCGCUGGAACGUCUAAAGCAGCAGAAGGAGCAAGAGCAGGAGAAGGAGCAGGUGGAGGAGUGGUAUCAACUUCCUAACAUUACGUGGCUAAAAUUGUGGCAGCAGCUGCUGCGGCGGCAACUGUGCAACAACAACAGAAGCAGCCAAGACGCCAACAACUCCGCCGCCAAUGCGACAACGCAAACAACGAACACAACGACAACAACAACAACAACAAUAUUAGAAAGGAGCAGAAGCAGGAGCUGGGGCAGGUUCGGGCAGCUGGAGCCAAUCACCAGGCUGGCAACGAGCUGCGGCAGCAACAGCAUGACGUCGACAAAAAGUUGGCUCGGAGCGCUGUUGCUGACGCUGCUGCUGGCCACGUCCGUUAGCGGCUGGGGCGGUCGUCAAGAUGCGCCCACAAAUUGCACGUUUCCGGCACGCUGGGAGGGCUCCUGGUUCCUAUCUGGCUAUCAGCAAUCCAUACACAUCAAGGGCUCACAGUUCAGCUACCGCGGCAGGUGUGCGGCAUCAGAUGGUAACAAAUAUCUGAUAGUCGAUGAGAAAGGAUGUCAUCGUUGCCUGGUUAUCUAUGAGAAGCAUAAGAAUGUGCUCCAGUAUAAAGAAAGUGAGUGCGAAGGUGAUAGUAUGUAUAUGCAUCAGUCGAAUCCAUCUGCACUGGCGAUGCGUAGCUCUAAUAAACAAAGUGAUCAUAGGGGGGGAGCUCAUCCCAAUACGAACGGGCAUUCAAGACUAUCAUCAUCGGAUCAGUACAUAAUGAGAUCCAAUGACGAUAUGAAUGAUUGUCCCCCAGACUUUUGCAAGGGCCGUGAGACUUUACAGAAUCUCUGCGAUCAAAUACCGGGCGAUGCUCUGCUCUAUUCCCUCUUCCGCGAGAGCGCCGAGCCGGUCAAGUGCCCGCUAAAGGGCCCCUUCAUAUUCACGUACAAUCGGGGCCAUGGCGAGUGCAAGUCGCCCGUCUCGAACAUCGAGAGCUGCACCGAAGAGAGCCGCCUGCUCCUGAGUUUUCAGGCCUGUCCCGAUGUCCUGGGCACCGAGAGCACGGUUGAGGAACUGACCUGCCUGGCGACCUGGAAGGAUGGCAACUCACGCUAUUUGGUGGGUCUUGUCUCGCAUCAUCAUGCCAUUUCGAAUGAGGAGCGCUAUCGUUGCUUUGUUUACGAGAAAAUCUCCUCGCUGAUGGGCGGCCCCAGCAUGCUCAGCUCGAAGGAUGCCGAAUAUAAGCUGGCGCAAUCCGGCGACGCCACUUGCAAUGGCUUAGACAGCGCCGAGGUUGGCUCGCGAAUAAUGUCGCUGCGGAAACCGCCGGCGGCUGAGCGCUGCGAUUUUCCCGCCUGGUUCAAGGGUCCGCGACACUGGCAUGCACUUAUGGGCAAUGCCGUCUACAAUUAUCAUGCCAACGAUGGCUCCGUGCACAUUAUUAAGCCCAACGGCUACAUGGAGACACGUGCCCUGUGCGAGCAGAUAAACAAACAGACCUCAACCGAAAUGAUGGCUGUGGUGCACUACACCACCGGCUGCCUAUCCGGCUUUAUGUGCAUGAUGUUUUACCGUCGGGACACGCACGUCAUUGAGAUACAAACGGGCAAGCCGGCCAUUCGUCUGGAGGAUGCCUGUGCACCGGAUCACUUUGACUUCAAUAAGAUGGCCUACAUAACGCUGCUGGCAAGCAAUCCGGAACCGCAUAUUUGCCCGAUGGAGGGCCUGUACAAUCUGCGCGGCGCAAUUGGGCCACCGUACCUGGUCACGCGCCACAAGCGCAAUCACAAUGGCAAAUCGCAUCUCGGACAUGGCCAUCAUCAUUAUCAUGGCGAUGGCUUGGAUGCCGGCUCCUUUGGCCACAAGGGGCACAGCACACUCAGCUUUCGCAAUGCCGAGCGCAUGGAGCGCGGCUCCUGGCAUGCCAACACGCGCGGCCUGCCCGUGCGCAGUCGACGCAAUGCACUCCCAGCACAGCAGCAGCAGCCGCACCAGGAGCAGGUGCAACUACAGCACCAAGUCCAGCAACAACAAGCCUUGGUGCUGAGCAGCGCCAACGAUACCAGCGUGGGCUUCGUGGCCACGCGCAAUCGUCGUGAUGUGCCCGGCUGUGUAACCAACUACAAUGCCCAGCGCCAGCUUUGGGUCGGCUGCAGUGCGCCCAAUGUCAUCGAUGUGAGCCCGCUGUGUAGCGUGGACGGUGAGGAAGAGUACUCCUGUCAUGGCUCGUGGAGCGAGAACAGCACCGUCUACAUUAUAGCCAGGCACAAGGGCACCAAGCAUGGCGUCUGCAUUAGCUACAGGCCCACGGAGGGCAAUGCAGCCAAGCUGGUUGUGGGAGAUGCCUGCUAUCGGGGCACACAAAAGCCGCCUGAUCAUCAUUUGGUGGCCAAUCUAUCCGUUUUUGGUAAAUGCGGCGAAACCGGCUCCAGUGCCAGCACAGCUCACCAGGCCAACUGGAUGGUUCUGUUGGCCAUGUUGACGUGGCUAACGCUGCAAAGCUGAGUUAAUCGGGCGGCGUGCAACAUGUAAUUUGCGACUGCACAACAACAUUAACAAUUUGAUAAACCCAAAAACCAAAAACCAAAUCCCCAAUAUGAUGAACAUGUAUACAAGACACACACAUUUAAGACUAAUUGUACAUUGCAUAUUGCAUAUUGCAUAUUGUAAGGCCUAAGCGAACGUAAACAAUUCAAAUAUUUAUUUUACUGUAUAUAACAUUUAUUGUUUGUUUGUUUUAUUUUUUGACUACCUUGUUUUGUUUAGUUCUAAGUGCUUUAUAUUUGAAAUCAAUAUAUUAUAUAUAUAUAAAAAAAAAGUUAAAAUUAACGAGCAAAAAAAUGGUUUGCAAUAAAGCCUUAGAGCAAGCGCUGUUAAGGCCUAGUUAAACGCGCCUUUUGCGAAAUGUAGCGCUGAAAUUUAAACAAAA